AUGAAAAAAAAUAAUUUGGAUGGUCCUGAUGGUUUUUCUUACUGCUGGCAUGAUCUCCGUAAAGAGGAAGAGAUUUUUUCAACUCGUCCUCUAGGUGGUGGUAGCGUUAUGAAUUGGGCGUCGUUUGGUUGGGGUAGUAAAAGUUCAAUAUGUUUUGUGGACGGUCGAAUGAACGCAAAAGGAUAUCGAGAGGUGUUGAAAAAGCAUCUCAUUGAUAUCGGUAGCUGUAUGGGUGGGUCUGAUUGGAUCUUCCAACAGGAUAAUGCACCAAUUCAUCGAGCAAAAGUCAAUCUCGCCUGGUUUAAAUCGAAGAAAAUCUUUGAGGAAUACUAG